AUGUUGUAUGCUCCGCCUCCAUCCCUCCAAUGUGCCCCCCUGACCACAAUCACCGAAACUGAGGGAAUCACUCAAGACUACAUCAUCCAGACAUACACAGAAGCAUCCAGUGCCAAUCCCCCAGGUGAGUCCAAGACGGACAGAGAGUCCUUGAAGACAGUGACGAACGUCGAAUCCUUCAAGCCAAUCGAGAAUACUCUCAACAACUUGCCCAGUGGCACUUCUACAGAGGUCUCCAAGGAAGCACUUUUGGAGAGCUCUUCGUUUGACGAGCUUGAGAAGGAGACGCUUCAGUGCCUUGAGGAGGUUGAAGCUGCCUUUCAGGAGAGACACGAGAAGUAUGAAGAAGCUCUUUACCUCAAGGCAAUGGGCACUAUGAGCUGUCCGAUAUGA